GACGUGUUACCCUUGUGCUGUGCAUCCAAACACAACAGUUCCUAAUUUGUAUUCUGCGAGGUGGAAACUCUCUACUCUGAAACAGUUUGCAAAGUGCGAAGUGGUGAAUUGCUGUACGCACGAAACUUGGUUUUAAAUCCUACGAUAGUUUACCGUACAAUCCUCAGUGCAACCGUUAAUAUCAACGAGAAAAAAGUACCAAAAACCGUUAGGCCCUUGGCUGAACGGAGUGUGUAAGAAGAAGAAAAAAGGACGCACACAUACAUAGUCCCAGGCUCUAUUGCGCUGCUAGUGCGCGUGUGUGCGUGAUUGAGGUUCGGCUGGCAUAUAGAGGGAGCGCAGCAAACCACUCCGAAAAAACCGUUUUCAACUACCCCCAAAGCAAAAAAACCGGUGCAAUAAAACAGUCCCGUGUGCUGUAACGGACGAAAGCGAAUAAGCGAAACUCCAAAAUGGUAGCCAGCGAGGCCGAGGACGACGUCCAAAAGAAUUCUCCACCGGCUACGACGACGGCUACGGCUACGGAUACGGCUACGGCUACGGCAACGGCUACCGCUACGGAUACAGCCUCGGCUACGGCUACGGCUACGGAGAAUAAUGAAGACACCACGCCAUCGAAACGAUUCUACCGCAUGGAGGUAUGGGGAUCGAUGAAACCCCUUUUUCCGCAAAGCUCAGGCCUAAGCCGUUACGUAAAUAGAAAAAUACCUCACUUUCCGGAAGCGGAACAAACGGCUGAACGGCUCGCCGAAACUCCCGAGUUUAAAGAAGCGAAAAAUAUUAAAGUGAACAUCGAUAUGGCGCAGGAAUCGGUUAAACUGCAGGUGCUGAAGGCGAACAAAACGCUGUUCGUCGCACCGUCGCAAAAGUCCGACUACCUUUACGCGAAGAUUAAGCUGCCGACCAGUCUAGAGGAGAUCCCGCUGGUACAACAAAGGCGCAUUGUGAAGAUGUUGGCCGGGGAGGACACAUACGAGGAGCUGGGCAUCGAUCAGACCGAACCACUGGACAUCGUUGUGGUCGGUUGCGUCGCUGUAUCGGAGCGUGGUCAGCGCAUCGGUAAGGGCAAUGGGUACGUUGACCUAGAGAUUGGCAUACUGCACAGCCUGGGUGUGAUAACGCCGAAAACGGUGAUUGCCACCACGGUCGCGGACGAGCAGGUGUACAAAGAGUUGCCGGCGGACCUGUUUCAGAACUAUGACUUCACCGUCGACCUGAUCGUGACGCCAACCCGUGUGAUCCGCGUGGAACCGAGACCGGAACCGCGCGCGAUUGGUGUGCAGUGGGGUUUGCUUUCCUCCCGCCGUCUAGAAGUGGUACGGGUGCUGAAAAGGCUAAAGGAGCGGCUGGAAAAGGAGGGUCAGCAUAUUGAGCUGAAGGACGAAGACACGGAUGUGGAAAGUUUCGCCAAGCGGCGUACGCGUGGUAACGGCAGUGGUGGUGGCCGUCAGCAGGAUCGUCGCCGCCAGCAGAACCGUCGCCGUCGCUCGACACGCAACAGCACUGCCGACGGUCAAAAUGACACGAAGGGCGGCAACGAGCGGGACGGCAACGGUGAGCAGCAGGGUGGAACCGAGAAUGGUGGCGGUUCGGGAAUGACAUAUUACAACAAUCCGCGCGGGCCACGGCGCAUCCGUAAACCACGCGCAUCCCAACCGAAAAUGAACGACAGCCCGGACGACACUACUUACGAAAGUUACCACAAGCUGCCGCAACGGAAGCGUCGCAAGAACGUCAUAAGGGGACGUAAUGCCGAGUACAAAUACGGUCAGGGUAAGGAUGAUGAGGAGGUGACCGGGAAAACCCGCGCAAGGAUACCAACGGAGCAUAAGGCCUGGCUGGAUAGCGUCCGCAUACGGGUUUCGAACAUGUUCUCGGUACCGUUCAAGGAGUUUAAGGAGGAGCUGCGCAAACGGGACUGCUAUCCGGCUACUAUUAGCCAGACCCGCCAUGGUCGGUGUGUGCUCAUCUUCCCGAAGGGCGAAAACGUGGAGGAGCAGGCGCAGGCUGACGAGCUGCUGCAGAAGCUGGCCGAUAUGUGCAUCACGGUGCCGCAGAAGAACAGCACCGAGCUGAAGCAGAUCAAGCUCAAGUUCAAUUUGCAGCAAAAGCCGACGAACGAUACGGGUUCGACGGUCGAAAUGACGAAUCUGACCACAAUCGCGUCUACGGUGACACGUGAAGCGAAGCGCGUGAAUAUAUUAUGUUCGAAGCUAACGACCGACAACAACACGGGUGACGCGAAUGCACCACCAGCCGUGACGAACGUGGCGGGGCUUGUCGCGAAGAUACGGAAUGCGUCACUGCUCGUGGCCAAGUCGGUCAAGGCGGCCAGCAAGAACAUGGACACGGUGCUCGAGCAGACGAAAUCGAUCGCCGAUAAAGAGAUGGAGGACACCGUCCUGUUAGGGCAUGUCAAGGCGAUGCACAUUGCGGGCGCGGAUGCGCUCGCCGCCGCCACGAAGAUCGAAGCGGCGAUAGACGCAUUAUCGAAGGCAAAACCAACCGACUCGUCGAAGCUGGAGGGCCCCAAUGAGGGAGUAAAGGCGGAAGCAACCGAUGCAACGAAGGUGGAAGAAGCAGCCGCCACCGUCGCUGAAACACCUCCAUCGAAGGAAGCAGUGACCGCGGUGAACAGUGCGGUACAGGAGGCUGUCCCUGCUACGGCGGCUGUCGCGUUUGCCGUCCACAAAAUGUACACGAUGGCCCCACCGGUACAAAUAACCGUCGACGUGGCAGAGGAGGAAACGCUGAUGCGCAUAUUCGGUACCCAACUUCCUGAGGUGCCUUCUUAACUUACUCAUGCUACCAAACCUUCCGCCCGGCCCCUUAACCUCUACCCCCUGGAAGCGCAAAUAGUGCGCGACAUACAAGGCAGUAUCGCAAAACUCUUCCGCCUGAUGCAGAUGAUUAGCGCGGAAUGAAGUGAACUGUUUAUGCAAUUAUUUACAUCGAUUUAUCGACGCCUGUUUUCUUCCGCACAACGCCAACGCGGCUUUGGUGUUUGCGAAUUAUUUUUUUUGUUUCAUUUUUGGCAUGUUUUGUGUAUGUGUGUCAGGCAGGGCAAGCUCUUUUAAUGUUGCUACGGCGCAUUAACGUUUUGCAAAUAGCAAUUGGAGCUUUUUGACCAUUUUCCACCUAAAAAAACGUAACCAAUGUUUAAGUUCUAGUUCUGUUUUCUUCCUUAUACAUACCAUAUACACACCUGUCUCUUUUCUUAACCGUCCCCACACUCAAACACACAUCCAUGUGUGUUUUGAUGGAAGGGGUCAAUGUCAAUAAUAGUGUGUGUUUUCUCCAUGUUUCACCCUUCCCUGUCUCUUUGCUAACAUUAGACAUUUUUUGUUUGUUUUAAAACACUACAUGUAUUUUUCUUACCUAAUCUCAUACCACAACGCGUGCGUUUGUGUGAUUGAUCGAGAAAGGUGCCUAUUGUUGAGAUUUGUUGCGAAACUAGUGUACGAACGAUUGUCCUCUCCGGUGUAAUUUCUUUCUUUUUUUUAUUUGUACUUGCGAAUAUUUAAAAUGACAUGCAGAGCAAAGAUUUGUUUUGUUUGUAUUUGGUAUUUAAUUUUUUUGUUUGAAAGGAUACAAUGCGGAACGGAAAGGAUACGAUUCAACAGAAGAAAGGAUAAUAAUGCGCAAAUCGAAGAAAAAAAAGGGCAUAUAAGAUAAGAACAGCAGAACAUAAGAGAGAGAGAAAGAGAGAAGUUUUGAAGUAAUCGUACUAGGUAGGACACACCACGGUUUGUCUCAUAUUUAUGCGAAACGAAAUGAUAUGAAAUUGGUUUAUGAACAGUGAAACUUUCACACACGACAACAAAACGUUUGUACGUGUGUACGGCAAUGCUCGGGACAUGCAUAUAUACCGGCGAAGUAUAUAUGUAUAUAUAUAAAUAUAUAUGAAUAGAUAUAUGUAUGUAAAAUGUACAAUUCGAAAAAGGAAGGACGAAAAAUUACACAAGUGUGUGUGUGUGUGGGUGCGAAACCAUUUGACAGGUUCCCGCUGCUGGUUCAUGCUGGUUUGCUCACUCCCAAUACUACACGCGUCUACACGCGACAGGAGCAAAAGGCAAAGGCUUUUCGACCGAAAGGGGGGAGGGAGAGGGGGGUUUUUCGUUUAUUGGUUUGUUUUGUGGGUAACAACGCCAGUAGUUGUGUAGUAGAGCACCACAGUAAAAACACCCCUAGAGAGGGGAGGGGUGGUCGGGGAAAACCCCAGCUAAUAAUUAUAAUAAUACACCCCCGCAAAAUAACACAGUGUGCAGACUCUAGGGACUUCUAGAUGGGAAGCAUAAAAGAAGAAAGAUAUGCAUCCAAAUAUGACACUAACCACCUUUUUUUUUUUGUUACGCGCCCGUUUCUACGAUAAAAAUCUUCAUCGUCCAUCCACUUUCCAACCCCACUCCCUCCCCAGUGUAUAAUGAAAAAUUGAAUAAAUUUGAAGUCUAACACUUUUUUUUCAUAACA